AUGGUGCAGCAGCUGAAGAGCGCGGAGGGCACCCGGUGCAGCGCCAGAGAGGCUGCGGACAGCGGCAUCAGUGACAUGAGCGCAGCUUCCAGCCCCAACCCAUCGUCCGCCUCCCCCUCGGCCAGAGCGGAGGAGGACACGGGAGCGAACCCCGACUGGUGCAAGACCCCGACCGGUCACAUCAAGAGGCCGAUGAACGCUUUCAUGGUUUGGUCUCAGAUCGAGAGGAAGAAGAUCAUGGAGCAAGUGCCGGACAUGCACAACGCCGAGAUCUCCAAGCGCCUCGGCAAGAAGUGGAAAAUGCUGAAGGAGACCGAGAAGACGCCGUUCAUCAGAGAAGCGGAGCGUCUGCGGCUCAAACACAUGGCGGAUUAUCCCGACUACAAGUACAGACCCAGGAAAAAACUCCGCUCCGACUCGGGAGCCGAGGAGAAAAGCUGCAAGAAGGACAGCAAAAUGGUCUUCAAGAAGCAUUGCUCCCGGGCGCUAAAGGGCAAAGACAGAGCGAAGGGCAAGAAAGCCAAUAAGCUGCCGGUGAGGAACGCGCAAAGGGCGGAGAAUGGCUCCGACACCGACCCCGACCCCGGUACCGACCCCGGCACCGCGGAUCCCAACCAUAGCGACGGCUCGUGUGACGUCCUGGGCUUUGGGGAGAAGGAAAGAGAUGCCGGGAGCGGGGGUCGCUCGGCCCCGGGGAGACCCUCAGAACAAGCCGACCUCCUGCUGUUUGACUUGAGUUUGAACGUGGCGGCCGGUGGCGGGGACCUGCUGGACCUGAGCGGGGGCAGUCUGUCCCUGGACAAGGAGGCGGAUAGUGCGGGGGGUGGGGGCUGCCACUCCGGCUCCCACUUCGAAUUCCCCGAUUACUGCACUCCCGAGGUGCGCAAAAUGAUCUCGGGAGACUGGCUGGAGAUCGAGGCGAACAUCUCCAAUUAG